AUGGUCGAGAUCUACCCCAAAUCCGAAAUGAACAUGGAUCAGGAAGAGACCUACGACUACAUGGACUUGGACAACGUUACUAUCUCCGACACCGACUUUGAUGCCGACGAUGACGAAGAUGUUGAUAAUAAUGCUGAAACGGAACUGCUCGACAUCUCGGUCCACAAACUCUACCCUGAGGAGAUUGAAAGAGAAGAGAGAAAAGAAUAUCAACUCGAAAUCACCUAUCCACCCUCCAACAUGAAGACUUAUAAUUACAAGGGCUUUGAAGGGACGGUCUGGUAUGUGAAUCGGGAGAAAAAAGGGCUGGUAGUCAUGUUCAAUGUGCCCAAAACUCUGAACGAGGCUGAUCUUGAUGUGAGUUCGUCAUCUUCCCCCACGAACACUUUUAGGGCAUUUUUGAGCCCUACCAUUUGGAUCAAAUUGUCCUUCUUCGCGAUGAGAAUGGUCCUGCGGGUACUGCAUUCCUUUUCGGCGCCUAUUAUUUCCUCCGAAUGAUCGAAAGUUGGGCAUCAAAUGUUAGUAUCAAUGGUAAGAUCUCCCUUUCUUCUUUUUACUCCUCUAUAUGCCCUCUAAACUCAGUAACUUUUCUCCAGAACACCAACUUCGAGCAGUUUUCAUCGACGAAAAAGAUAUUACCCGUCUUUUGCCCGCCGAUGCCUGUAACGCCCUCAGGCAUACAUAUCCGAGGCAAAGAUUGUAUUUCCGACAAAACUAG